UUAUCUCCUAAAAUCAAUCUUCUUGUCAUGUCCAUUUUUCAAAAGAAAACAAGGAUCGGAUAUAUAGUGUUAGUCGUAGAUUAUAAAAGAAUGACCACACCGAGAAACAAAAUUAGCUUCUGAAGAAAGAAAACCAAUUCCAGGCGAAUUUGAAUUUGUUUUCAACUUACAUUUCCUCUGCUUUACUAACUCGUGAAGCUCAGGCGGUCCUUCGAAAUGUCAGCUUACCGAUGGAAAAGCUUCGAGGAGAACGAGGAUCGCCCCGAGAAGCCUCGUCGCUACGGUGUCACUGAGAUGAGAGGUCCUCAUUAUUCGCUUUUAAAUCAGAAUGUUCUUCAGGAUAUUUUUGAGUCUAUGGGAGAAUUUGUUGAUGGAUUGAAGUUUUCUGGAGGUUCUCACAGCCUGAUCCCAAAGACCGUUAUUAAAGAAAUGAUUGACAUGGCCCAUCAGCAUGAUGUUUAUGUUAGUACAGGCAAUUGGGCUGAACAUAUGGUUGGGAAAGGUCCAUCAGCUUUUAAGGAAUAUAUUGAGGAAUGCAAGCAAUUGGGUUUUGAUACAAUUGAACUAAAUGUUGGCUCUUUAGGAGUUCCUGAAGAAACAUUUUUGAGAUUUGUUCGCAUGGUUAAAGGUGAUGGUCUGAAAGCUAAGCCCCAUUUUGAAGUGAAGUUCAACAAGUCUGAUAUUCCCAAAGGUGGCGAUAGGGCUUUUGGGGCUUAUGUUCCCCCAGCACCUCGAUCAUCUGAAUUUGUAGAAGAUGUGGAUCUCUUGAUCAGAAGGGCAGAGAGAUGUUUAGAAGCAGGAGCAGACAUGAUAAUGAUCGAUGCUGAUGAUAUCUGCAAACAUGCUGAUUCUAUGCGCGCGGACAUCAUUGCAAAGGUCAUAGGGCGGCUUGGUAUUGAGAAAAUUAUGUUUGAAGCAUCAAAUCAGAGAACAUCUGAGUGGUUUAUCAAGCGCUAUGGUCCCAACGUAAAUCUCUUUGUGGAUCACUCCCAUGUGAUGGAUGUGGAAUGCCUCCGAGGACGCAACUUGGGUAGGAAUCAUUCAUCUGUUCUUGGGUCAUCAUAUUUCCUGUUCUGAGGUGAUUGGGUGGUAUAUGGAUGUUGGGCCUUGUGUGACUUGUUGGUUUGGUUUAUGUAACUCGUGCUGUAAUAGUGAUGUCUCUUAGGUGGCAUGUUGUGCUAAACUGUGUGUGCUGUGCUCCUGCAAAACAAAGUAUAUUCCUUUAUCUUUUCGUUUUCAUUUUCCAAAAUGCUUGAUUGUGUGGUAUUUGUAAAUAAAUGAGUAAUGCGGUGGGGUUGAAACUAAA